GUGUAUGAACGUGUUGAUUUGGUGCGCUGUUGGGUGAUUCGCGCAGUGCUUCCAUCGCGUUGUUCCUGUAGCCGAAAUGGGAUACGUGUUCUGCCUCGUCAUAUUUCAAAGCGGCAACCGGCGAAAGCUGAAGCUGGCUACGGGAGCCUACUCCGAGUUGGUGGAGAAACUGACCGAAAUCGUGGAUGUCGAUCACAAAAACACCCUGGUCCAGAUGUUUGACACUGAUCUGGACGAUUUCGUGGACCUUGUACCUGGAGAGAAAAUUCCUAACAAAGCAAAACUACGCGUCAUCUCAAGGAAGGCUUCAGCGCUGUGCAAUCCAGCUGUGGCUACUGCUGGUCGGAGUGUUGCACCCCCUUGUCUGCAAAAUCUGUUAGUAUUGUUUCACGUCAGCUAUUUUUAUCCAACAUACUGCUGA